CUUCCAAAGAGCGGUGGUUGGCGGACUCCUCAACACGCAGCAUGAUUUGCUCCAAGUUCCUCCUCGCGCUUUGCGCAUCUGUUUUGGUACAUGAAACACCUGCCUCCCCAGAGUGCAAGGCCUUUCCAGGCACUGCAUCAUGGCCCUCAAGCAAUGAUUGGUCUCGCCUGAACAAGGCGGUUGAUGGACGGCUCUUCAAGCCACUUCUUCCUGGCGGCGUCUGUCACCCGGAGCAGCCGAACUACAGUGCAGACCAAUGCCCCAACCUUCUGCCGGCUUGGAGAACCUUUGAGUUUCAUGCUGAAGACCCCAUCUCAAUGAUGUGGGACAACUGGACCAACUAUACCUGUGUUCCUCUUGAUGGAUUUCCUUGCAGCGGAGCAGGCUAUCCGUCUUAUGUUGUCAACGUCACCACGGCGAAGCAUGUCAAGGCUGCCGUCGACUUUGCGCGGAAGAAUCAGGUUCGUCUAGUCGUCAAGAGCAGUGGGCAUGAUUACCUCGGGCGUUCCAUUGCGCCAGGCUCCCUUUCGAUCUGGACUCACCACCUCAACAACAUCCAGUACCACGAGGGUCAGUUUAAGCUUGCUGGAUCAGGAAAGGUCAUACCCGGGGAUGCCAUCACCGCUGCAGCCGGAGCGAAGAUGGUCGAUGUGUAUGCUGUAGCAAGCCAGCACAACCGCGUUGUCGUUGGGGGUGGAGGUAAGACCGUUUCGCAGGGUGGCUUUGUGACGGGCGGCGGCCACUCGAUCUUGGCACCGCACUAUGGUCUCGCGGCAGACAACGUGCUUCAGAUGGAAGUUGUUACCCCAGGCGGUGAUAUUAUCACUGUCAAUGAAGAUCAAAACGCCGACUUGUUCUGGGCCCUGCGAGGUGGAGGAGGUUCGACUUUUGGGGUUCUCACUUCCGUCACAGUCAAAACGCAUCCUGAAAAGAAGCUUACCAUGGUUUUGUUCAUGGCCUUCACGGUCCCAGAAGCCCCCUUUACUCUAGACCUCGCUACUUGGGGCGCUUCUCAGCUCCCUUACCUCUCCGACUCCGGCUUGUCAGGCUACCUCAUGGCAACUGUGAAUUCGACGCCGCCGAUUCCAAUACCCGGUCUUCCGGAGCGAGUCGCCGGUCUGAUGGGCAAGACAAUCAUCUUAGAUACGCAAGAUACGGCUAAGAUCAACGAAAUCUUUCAGCCACUCAACAAAACUAUCCAGGAACGUUGGCCUGGACAGGUCAACUUACUGAUCUUGACUCAACCGUACGACUCAUUUGCGGCCUGGUAUGCCGAGAACUUUGAUGAUGGUCAAGCAGGCGGCUCUGUCUAUCUCAUUUCGCGACUGCUGGUCAAGAAAGCUUUGACCAAUGACCUGGAUGCACUGAAGAGUGCACUGGAGCCCAUUCUCCUCAACGAUGGUUGGUUAGGAACCUACCUGGUUGCUGGAAAGGGUGUCAAUGAAGCCAAGCCCCGGGGCGAAGGAAAUUCUGUUCACCCGGCCUGGCGCAAGGCAUAUAUUCAUGCGCUUACUUGGCAGGGCUGGGGAUACGAACCGUGGGAUCCAGCAGCUGGAGAGAAAGCUAGAGAGAUUCUAGACGCUAGGUUUGAGCCUCUUCGCCAGCUAACGCCCGAUGGAGGAUCGUACAUUAAUGAAGGAUUUCCAUUUGAGAAGAACUGGCAGCAGGCAUUCUGGGGCGCGAACUACCCGCGAUUAUCCAAAAUCAAGCGAAGCAUCGACCCCAAGGAUGUUCUAUGGUGCAAACCUUGUGUGGGUAAUGAAGGCUGGGAGGAAAAGAGUGGCGGUCGCCUUUGCAAGGUUCAGUAGACCAGCAACUUCCUAGAUUGUUGUGAAAUAUUUCCACUUCGUCAUUUACUCACUCAUGUGCACGACUGAGGCAUUCCCAUAAUUCGUCUAUGUGUAUUCUGGAUAGCACGACCGAUUUGUAAAAUUCAAGCGCACUUGACGCGUUUAUACUCGCAAGAAUAACGUCAGCUUUGUACGUAUUUUGGACAGAAACUUCUACAUCGUGAGGAACUUGUUGAGGACAAUCCAUUUUUGCUCAGUCCUUUUGGCAAUUCUUCAAAUUGCAUUUAUCACGUUUGAGAAGGGUAC